UAAUGUUCUGAGUGUUGCCAAGCAACAGCAUGACUCCUAGCUCUUUCGGCCAUCACGGUGCUGACUAGCUCCUCGUUUGGUGGAGAAACUCCUUUAUUUACAAACUAAACUAUCUUUCGGGCAUUUCGGUGUUUGUUUUUUUAACAGAACAUGUCUCCUAAAUGACCUCUAGAUGUAAGAUGAGAUGCUAGAGAGUUUGAGGUAGAAGGAUCUCUUCCAUUUCCAGCGAUCUCGAACAGCCCUGCAGGGAAACAUCGCCGAUCCCCAACUGCCGUGUUGACUUACCCUUCCGACUGGAUUCUGCCCCGGCCGAAGAGCCCUUUCUGAAGAUAAUUAAUCUCACUACCACAGGCUCUUUAAAGAAUACGAACAUGCCUUCCGUACGGGGCCCCGAAAAUCGACACAACUACGGCAGCUUCGAAGAGAAGGGCAGCCCGGCUUUUCUGAAAUUCCACCCUCAUUCAUCUCCUUUAGCCCCGCACAGGGAUGACAGUCCCUUAGGCGACCCUUGCUCGGGCUUCUUGAGCGCAGGAGGCCGGGCCGAAUUGGAGGCCGAGGUGGACAGGCCCGUCCCGACCCCCGGGGAACUCGACAAGCUGAAAGCUCAGCUCCGCAUCCCUCCUCCAGAUGACAGUCUUUGGAAAGUCAGAAGGGAAGCAAAACUGAUGGAAGAGCUGAAGCGGAGCAGACUUUGGAAUUCCAGGGCAGUAUCAGAUGCCGCCCUCAGGGCCAGGCUCGGAGGUUGGACAAGUUCAUCAAGAGUAACACCUGCUCCGGGUAGACAUGAGGAUAGUGUACUCACAAAUAAAAAAUUACCUAAAAGAGACCUGGCUCUUGAGGUAGACUCAGAUGAACCUUCUUCUGUGGAACAAGCUGCAGAUAGAGCAAGGGGCUUUAUAUACAAGUCUUCCACACAAAAAAGUUAUGAAGAUGUCCCAUGGGAUAAGAUUCUGCUUCCAAAACUGAGACCACCAGUUUCAACGGUAGAAAAGAAGGCUGAUCUCGUCUCUCAUUGUUUCACAGUAGGAAGAUAUGAACGGAUGCCAGAAAUAAGCCAAAUUGUUGGGGGCCUUUGGGACCGAUUUCAAACAAGACACUUCACGUCAGCAGCUAAACCCAUUAAUUUUGUGAGCCCAAGUUCCCGAACACGGUAUAUUCCUCUUUACACUGGCUGUGUUGAGUCAUUGUCUGCAGAUGACAUAGACAAUCCUUAUGGAGAUAUUUCGUCUUUGGGCAAGCCUAGAUCUUCCAAACCUCGUUUUACAACUUCAAGCUACACUCCACAUAUUCCUGGAUAUAUGGGGAAGGUUCAUUUCACAGCCACCCACCCAGAAAAUUCUAAUCUUCCGUCAACAACCCCAUCAACAAUUCCAGAACGGCAUCAACCAGUGAAACGGAAUAACUUAGGAGAGAGCAUCUACUGAAACAUCCUGGAGGAAAAGGCCCUAUAUUUCAAAGAAUGCAACUCCACAGUCCAUCUCUAUCGGAUUUCAAAUGCGGUUUCCCGAGUAGAAAAAUGGACCUAGUGUCUCUUUUCUAUUUCCUGGAUCUUUAACCCGAAUUUAAAGAAAACUUUGGAUUUUAGGUGAAAUCAGUGUGCUUGUAAUGAUAUCCAACAGUUAAAUAAGCUAGUUAAUGGUGUUCAACAUAAGUAGUCAUGUUAAAUAGUAAAAUUUAAUUUCUUAAAAACUUAAAUCCUCAUAUCUUUUGGAAUGCAUUGUACUGUGGG